GGUACCACAUGCGACGUAGACUGCGGCAACACAUCUUCAGUUGCCCUCACUGUGCUGUGCACGCAGGCCAACACGUGCAGCGGCAGAGGUGUUGUCGGCAGUCUCGCUGGAGACCUUACAGCCUGCGUCCCGCGCGGGAGCCACACCGGUGCCCCGGCACCACCAACCUGCUCGUCACCUACAACAUCAACAACGGCCUGCAGAUACUACCGUACGCCGAACCGCUGCGGCCGCCGCCCUACGAGCAGAUAGCGAAUCAGGAGAGCGGCGUCGAGGCGGACGGCCGCGAUUCGCCGCCGCCGGCGUACCAGACGAUCGACCGGCGAGCGAACCUCAGCGUGAUAACGGAGAUUGAGGAGGAGAGGGAGGGGGCCCGGCGGGGGCAGAGUCGAGACGACGGCGACGACGCGGCGGCGGCGGCGAGGCGAGAGUCCGUGUCGCGGGGGGAGGGAUCCGGGGAUCGGGCGGGCGGCGCGGACGACGACACACAGAUGGCGCCACCGAGCUACUCCUAGACGCGGUCGCGGCGGAGCGCCCUGCUCUUAAGCGAUGUGCGCGCGA